AGUCAUAGCUGAGUCUCUCCAAAACUGCUUAGCCCAACAGUCCCACUUACUCCUUCAUGUUCUGGCAUCCAUCAUGGUGUAUGGGCAGGUCCUGCACCGCCAAGGCCCCGAGGAGAGCUUCAUCAACCUCAACGUCGGCGGCUUUAAGCAGCAAGUGGAACGAGUGGUCCUCCAACGCUUCCCCCACACGCGACUGGCCCAACUUCUCUACUGCAGCUCAGAGGCUGCUAUUCUCCAGCUUUGCGACGACUAUGCAGCAGCCGAAUGCGAGUAUUAUUUCGACCGAAAUCCAUGUUUUUUCCGCUACGUGCUCAAUUUCUAUCAUACCGGAAAGAUCCACCUGAUGGAAGAGUUGUGUGUGUUUAGCUUCAGCCAGGAGUUGGAAUACUGGGGCAUCAAGGAGCUUCACCUGGACGCUUGCUGCAGCAACAGAUUUCAAGAACAGAAAGAGUACGCAGGAGAUCACGACUGGGGAUACGACGAUGACCUGCAGAACCAGCUGCAGGACAGCUUAGAUUCAUCUAUGGAGGAGCUGUCGGCGUUUGACAAAGACCUGGAAAAGUUUGAGGGCACCUGGUGCUCCGAGAAGCGUAAGGAACUCUGGCUGCGACUGGAAAACCCGGGAUAUUCGUGCUCAGCGAAAAUAAUAGCGGUGCUUUCACUGUGUGUGGUACUGAUGAGUAUCGUGGCCAUGUGCGUUCAUAGCAUGCCUGAGUUCCAGCAGGUGGACGUUAAUGACAAAGAAGUGGAGAACCCGGUGUUGGCUGUGUUCGAGAACAUUUGCGUCCUCUGGUUUUCUAUCGAGUUCAUCCUACGAUUAGCUGUCACACCAUGUUUGCGCAAAUUCCUAAGCAAUGUGCUAAACAUCAUUGAUUUCGCCUCUAUUGUUCCAUUUUACGCCACGUUGGCGUUCGAAACCAUGGAUGCUGCGGAAAGCGAGGAGCUUGCGAACGUGGGAAGGGUCGUGCAGAUCCUGCGCCUCAUGCGUAUCUUUCGCAUCCUCAAACUGGCGCGGCAUUCGGUCGGGCUGCGUUCGCUUGGGGCGACGCUCCGUCACAGCUACCAUGAGGUCGGACUCCUCAUCCUCUUCCUUUCCGUGGGAAUCUCCAUUUUCUCAGUGCUCAUCUAUUUUGUGGAGAGGGAGGACGAUGAGUCAGAACUGCAGACCAUACCGGUGGGCUGGUGGUGGGCGACGAUCAGCAUGACCACGGUGGGAUACGGCGACACGUAUCCCAUCACGCUGGCUGGGAAACUCAUCGGCACCUUGUGCAUCAUUUGCGGCCUGCUUGUAGUCGCCCUUCCCAUCACUAUCAUCUUCAACAAGUUCUCCAAGUACUACCAGAGACAGAAAGCCCUGGUGGAGUCCGACCAGCUCCAACCAGAGGACGAAAAACUGCCAAAUCUCAGCAUGCCUUUUCUUUACAUAGGAGACCUCUACGGACAAAAGAUGACUUCUCUGGUUUGCAGCACGUCCUCCAAGAGUAGCGCAGGGAGCGAGGGAGACGUCACUGAUGCUUCCAGCAUUCAGGAUGUUGAAAUUGUUUGCCCUACUGGGAUGCCACAGGCUGACAAUGCAACAUAAAUCAGGGUUCCUGAUAAACAUCCUUGAUUAGA